CUGGCACAGGUGUGCAGUGGAGGGGUGUGCAGUGGAGGUGUCCGCAGGUGACACGUCUUGUCUUGCACGCUUCAUGUUGAAUCACUGAAACAUUUUAUCAGCUGACAGCGCUAAACAAAGCUCGCAGAUUCGGCUGGUUCUCAGGGUCUCUGCGUCCCUCACAGUCCUUUAUGUAUCGAUUGAAAAAACUUUUUCAAAUCCUCAUCCAAAGUUAUAAAUUAACGUCGCUGAACAGUGUCGUAAUAACUUGUAGGUAAUCCCCACAUUCUCGAAUAAUUCGGUUUCGUUUUCCUCAAAGGCGCCACCCCCUCCACUAAAUGCUUGAAACAAAAACUAAACUGCACAACUGUUGCACUUCUUCUUCAAGAUGGGUGCAAUAUUCAACUUACUUGAGCAGCACAGACUGACGUCUUUCCACGCCAGAUUUCUUGAGCUGGGUAUUAAGGAUGAAAGAGAUUUCUUUGAUGUAACAGAUGAAGACUUGAUCAGCCUUGGAUUAAGUCAGGUGGAAAAGAAUCGUUUUUCCAUCAUGAAAGACAAAAUUCGCAGACUCAGAGCUCCAGCAGCAGCAGCAGCAGCAGCAGCGAUGCCUGUGACGAAGUCAGUGGAGUCAUUCUGUCUGCAGUACACAUACCCCAAAUGUCCAGGACCAAAAUAUAUCAAAGAUAUGGAUCCUGCACAAAACACAGUUGAAGACCUGAUGUUGAGGAUCUGUCACCUUGAAGGUGUUAAUUCAUCCCAAAGUGUCUGUCUGUACACAGCGGAUGGUAUGCCUCUGACGGACGAUCCCUUCUUCAACACAUGGUCUUUAAGAGACAGACAUAUUCAAAAUGGAGAUUUAAUCUAUGCCAUAUUAACACCAAAGGAGAACCUGAGAGCAGCUCCUCAAAUGACGAUGCCAAGGGUUACUGCAACCUACGGGACUGAUACAGUGCGAUGCCACGUCAUGCUGAAGGGAGACUUUGAGGUGAAGGUGGACUUGGCUGUGGACACAAUUGCUGAUCUGAAGAACAAGCUUGCCAAUGAAAGUGGAAUCCCAGGCAAUGUUCUUCAUUACAACGGUGAACACGGCACUGGCAACACAUUGGAAAGCUGUGGAAUCUCAGAUGAGUCAACAGUGCACUUCUCACUGUCCUCGUUUCCUGUGGAGGUUCAAGACCACAGAGAAUUCUUUAUUGAUGACGUUUGUCCGUCAGUGCAACAAACAACCAAAGGAAUCAGUGUCUUCUUGUCUUCUCUUUAUAUCAUUAAAGAGAGGGGCAUGGGAGUUCCAUGCUCGGAUUUGUUUGGAUACAUAAGAAAACUGACUGGAUGUAGCCCACUGAUCCAAAGUUUGUAUCAGCUCAUCUGGAAGAAUGAGAUCAUAUCCAGGAAUCAGAAGAUUGCAGUAGUUGAAGGUUUGUACAUGCUCUUAAGAGAGCUUCUGCCACAGCUGGGAACAAAUCAUGGACACAAGAUCAUUGAGGACACCGAAGUCUUUGAGUAUUCAACAUACUGCUGGGCAUAUCUCAUUUCAGAAGCGAAGAAACACACUUCAGCACACGAGAACUAUGCACCAGUUUCUCUGGUGUCUGAAGAAGGCAGCCGUUUCUGUGAUCCAGUCACUGUACCGGGAUUACCAAGUGUCUAUGACAGAGCACAUGUUCUUCAAAAAAUCAAAAAUGGUGAGAAGAUACCAAACUGCACUGAGGUUUUGAAAGAAUCAUCACUCAGAAGAGCCACCGAUGUUGAGAAGAUUUUGCUCAGUGUCCAUCCGUCAACUAAAACGUAUCAUCUCUGGAUUUUUGAUGACAGUGCAACGAGUCAGAACUUCCACAUCAACACUGACAAGACAUUUGGAGAUAUGGCAGAAGUACUGAAAGCUUUCCCUCAGCUAUGUGUGACUCCACCACUGCUUUUGAGGGGUCUCGGCAAUGAUAUGAUACACCUUGUUUACCUGAGUGAAGACAACCUCGGUAUCUUCUUGUCAAAAGAUAAGGCAUACCCGGCAAUAAUCAAGAUGUAUGAUUGUCUGGCCGGGAAAAGCAAAAAUAUGGAUGUAGACCAAUUAGCAGCUGCAACUGGUGACCACAGGGAUGACCUUUCAUUCAACACAACCAGGACUCCGAAAGAGGCCAUACUGGUGCUGAUAGAUACAAGCUCAUCCAUGGCAGAGAAUUGCUACGGAAGUGUGGAAAUACAGAAAAUCCAUGCUGUUAAACAGCUUUUUGACAACUUUGCAACACGGACCAUGUCCUAUGACUUUCAUCAUGUUAUUGGCCUUGUUAAGUUUAGCUCUACGGUGAAAACUGUCCACACAUUUACGGAAACACUUGAAAAGUUCAAGGAACAUGUGCACACCCUUAAGGCAAAAGGGCGCACUCUGCUGUAUGAUGCCCUGCAGCAUGGAGUACUUGAGUUUGAAAAAGUAAAGAAGUUUCCAGACUGUAAACUUCGCAUUCUCUGUCUGACAGAUGGAAAUGAUGUCGGCUCCAAGAAUAGCCCAGAAGUUGUUGCUGCCAACCUGGUAAAAUCCAACAUCAUUGUAGACUCAGUUCUCCUCGGAAAAGUGGAGAACAAUAUUCUGCGAGGAAUCAGCUAUGCAACAGGGGGUUGCUGUUUCAAACCAGAGACAAGCAAAGCUGGCCUGAAGCUUUUUGAGAUCGAGACUGUUCUCUCUUUGGAGAUGAGGAAACCCAAGAAAAAAGCUAACGCGACUUCCAUCACAAAAGCAUCUUUAACAGCUACCUCUGCUGGGUAUGAUGAAUCUCCAGAGCUUCUGUUGCCAGGUCAGAUGAACAGCAAAGUGGCAGUAACAGAGAGUGUCCUGAAAAAAAAGAUCAGAGACGCCAAAGUUGGGCAACUGAUGGAAAAGGAUAAACGUAUCCUGGAGGAGCUGAGGAGCCUGCAUUGUGACCCACAUCCCUACUGUGGCAUCUUCCCAUCAGAGUCCGACUUCACUUUCUGGAAGAUCCUCAUGGAAGGACCGCCUGACACGCCUUAUGAGAAGGGAACCUUUGAGUUGUUCUGCCAGUUUGGUCCCAACUACCCAGUGAAGCCUCCAGUCGUUCGCUUCGUCACAUCUGUGUACCACUGUAACAUCAACAGUGUGGGCCGCAUCUGCCACAACAUAUUUGACCGCAACUACAAUGCCCAAAUCACCAUGAGAGAUAUCCUCAAUGCUGUGUACGGACUUCUCAUCAUCCCUGAGCCCGAAGAUCCACUGGACAGCAUUCUGGCUGAGGAGUUCAUGACCAGCCGCGAGACAUAUGAACAGGAGGCCAAAAAACAUACAGAGGAAACUGCAGCACAAUCACGGGAUGACAUGGAGAAGAAAUUGGUGGAUCCUGAGAAACAGCUUGUACCCUCUCAUCUAAUCUGUCCACUCACCAACAAGAUGUUUGUUGAUCCAGUGAAAACAAAAUACGGAACGGUGUACGAGCGAAAGGCCAUCGAGAAAUUCCUCAAAAAGAACAAAUAUGAUCCAAAAGGUGGCCCAGAAAAAACGCUCAGCAGAGGUGAUCUCACACGAGCCAGUGAAAUGAAGAAAAUGGUGAUGGACCAGCGUUCUAGACAAUUUCAGUAGAAGUUGUAGAUAAAAUUUGGGGCUACAAUGGUAUUGUUUUAUAUCAGUUCCACAGACAGUGAUUGUGCUGGCAAGAUAUGGAAAACUUGUGUUGUUUUAUUGUCACAUUUUCUAAUCAGUUUCAAAAUGACCUCAAAGAUACACAAAGACUACAAAGAGACAAAAUAACCAUGAGAGGACAUAAAAUAGCCUCAUAGAGUCUCAAAUUAACCAAGAAAGCCAUAAAAUUACAUCAAACACCAUAUUACCCCAAAGACUCACAACUUGACCCCAAAGAAACACAAAAUGACCUCAUAGAGAUUCAAAGUGACUUCAAGGGCACACAAAACAUUUACAAAGACACACAAAAUGACAAUAAAGAGAGACAAAAAGAUUAUGAGGAGUAAUAAGUGACUACGAAGAGAUGCAGAAAGCCCAAAAAGACACAAAAUUACAUCAGAGGGACAACAAAUGACCCCUAGAAGACAAAACUUGACCUCAAAGAGACACAAAAUAACUU